AUGGACCCUGCACUGCACCGCUCCGUCGUUCCCAUGUUGAAGGCGUUUCUGUUGACAGCGAAGGUCGACAUUUACGAGACGGUGCCCCAACCUGGAACAGACAACACAGACAAUAAUUCGGAACUGCCUACUCCUGAAGAACGAGACACUCUGAGACGCGUGGCAGAUGCUAUACCGUGGAAUGCUUAUCUCAUUGCGUUUAUCGAACUAGCGGAACGAUUCUCCUAUUACGGGACAACCGUUGUCUUUACCAACUUCAUUCAACAACCCCUCCCACCGAACUCGCGUACGGGGGCUGGGUACACUAAUGGCCAGUCUGGGGCGCUUGGUAUGGGUCAGCGCGCGUCCACCGCUAUCGGAACCUUCAACGCGUUCUGGGUUUACAUAGUGCCCUUGUUCGGAGCCUAUGUCGCUGACGCCUACUGGGGACGAUUCAAGACUAUCUGUGUGGCUGUCGUGAUCGCGCUGCUUGGACAUGCCAUUCUUGUCGUAUCUGCCUUGCCUGAUGUGAUAGAACACCCGCACCUGUCCCUCAUUUACUUCAUUUUUGCCAUUGUGAUAAUGGGAGUCGGCACCGGAGGAUUCAAAGCGAACAUCUCGCCUCUGGUUGCAGAGCAAUACCGCGAAACUAAGUUAUUCACCCGGACAACCACCAAUGGCGAAAAGGUGAUCGUGGAUCCAGCAUUAACUACUGCUAGAAUCUAUAUGUAUUUUUAUUUAUUUAUAAACGUUGGUGCCCUAGUCGGUCAGGUUUGCAUGACAUACGCAGAGAAGUAUGUUGGUUUCUGGUUAGCAUACCUUCUUCCCACUGUAAUUUUCCUGCUCUGUCCUGUGGUUCUGUAUCUCGGUCGAAACCGCUAUGUCAAGUCACCCCCUUCAGGCUCUGUGUUCGGCUUAGUACUGCGGACGUGGAGCUUCCUCAUGCAAGGAAGAUGGUCCCUCAACCCAUAUACCACCUUCCGCAACAUGACUGCACUCGACAUGUGGGAUGGAGCGAAACCGAGUAACCUACCUAGCCCUCGCCGACCGGCGUGGAUGACGUUCGAUGAGCAAGGUGUAGAUGAGCUCAAGCGUGGGCUAAAGGCCUGCGAGGUGUUCCUCUGGUACCCUGUGUUCUAUCUCGUCAUGAAUCAGCUCAACACCAACCUGACAUCUCAAGCCGCAACCAUGUCGACGUACGGCGUGCCUAAUGACAUCCUGUCCAAUCUUGACCCGCUCUCCCUUAUCCUACUUAUUCCUGUCUUCGACUUGUACAUAUAUCCAUCUCUGCAGCGCGCUGGGAUCAGGUUUACGCCACUGAAGCGGAUCGCCCUCGGCUUUCUCUUCGCAUCGGCUGCUAUGGCGUGGACGGCGGUCGUGCAAUACCAGAUCUACCACAGCAACCCGUGCGGCUACUUUGUCUCGACGUGCAAGAACGCCGACGGACACCCCGUCACCUCAGACCUUAACGUGUGGAUCCAGUCUGGAGGCUACAUCCUCGUCGCAGUCUCAGAGAUCUUCACCAAUAUUACAGGAUUGGAGUACGCGUACACGAAGGCUCCGAAGAAUAUGCGCUCGCUGGUCAUGGCGAUCUUCUUGUUCAUGUCCGCAAUUGCCAGCGCGAUUACUGAGGCUUUCGUCUCACUCUCUGCAGACCCGCUUUUGGUCUGGAAUUACGGCAUUUUGUGCGCUCUCUCUGCUGUAACGGGCGUUGCCUUCUGGCUCCGUUUUCGACAUCUUGAUGCUCAAGAGGACGAGCUUAAUAGUCUUGGGAGCUCCCCACACAGUAUAGACACCGAAGCUGUCUACGAAGAAUGAGUCCACCGAGCGGACGGAAAAUUCAGUGUUUCAUGCUGGGGCCUGAGAAUCUUCGCAUAUGUCUUGGCGUUGGAGCAUUCAGAUAUACGCUUCAGAAAGUAUAUGACAGGAUUGCGGACUAAUCGCUAGUGCGAUACAAUUUAUUUAACGGUCGCACUG